ACCGAAGGCCGGGUCACUUUACGGAUUUUAAAACGGUUGAAAAAAAAAAGAGAGAGAGAGGGGGGCGACUAAGCGCACUUCUGGUCCUGUCCCACAGGCAGACGCCUAGGCGGAGCCCCCAGGGGAGCAAACCUUCUCCUGGGAAGCUUGGCUUCCCGCAGGGAACAGGCUGGGAGAGGAGGGGCGGAGGCGCCCGGCAGAAAGUUCGCGUGCCGCGCCCCAGCGGGUCGCAGAGCCCCGGCAGCUUCAGGCGGGAGGGGCGCGGGAGGCGCAGCCCCAGCGGGCGCGCACAAGGAAGGUGCCUUCCGGAACACGCGCAAGGGCGGGGACUCGCGCUGCCAAUGAGGUCCCGGUGUGGGCCGAGCGAGGCGGGGGGGGACGGGCCCGAGCGCUGCCUCCGCGGUGGCAGCUGCGGGAGCCGGGCUCGGGAUCCGCCGCAGGAGCCGCCGCCGCCACCGCCGAGCGCUCAGCCCGCCGCGCCCUGAGGCCCGGCCCCCCGGGGUGGGAACCGCGUCGGAAGCUGGAAACUUUCCUGGCAGGAGGGCUGACUGUCGGGCACAAACAUACAGGGAAAGGACGGGAAAGAGAACUGUGACCUAAGGACCACCGUACCGCAUUCCCUCCGUGAACGAGAAGUUUCCAGAAGUAGAAACAGAAGAGUGUUGACAAUGUUGAAGGCUGUGCUGAAGAAGAGCCGAGAGGGAGGAAAGGGAAGCAAGAAGGAAACAGGUGGUGACUUUGGCUCAGAGACGCCUGCCUUGUCCUCUGGUCACAGCGGCGACUCCCCUGUGAGCGGUCUUCCUACAGCAGAAGACCCCUAUCGUGUGAGCUUGGCCAAAGGGGUUUCGAUGUCUCUGCCUUCAUCACCUCUGCUGCCUCGACAGUCACACUUGACACAGUCAAGAUCAAUCAAGAAAUCCCCAGGUCCCGUCAGGAAGCCCAAGUAUGUGGAGAGCCCCAGGGUGCCUGGAGAUACAGUUAUGGUCCCGUUCAGAGAAGGGUCCAAGCCCUCAGAGCCCGGUGACAACGAAGCCAAGGCCGAUAAUGAACCAAGCUGUUCUCCGGCAGCUCAAGAACUGUUGACAAGACUGGGCUUUUUACUGGGAGAAGGGAUCCCAAGUGCCACACACAUAACUAUUGAAGACAAAAAUGAAGCCAUGUGCACAGCCCUGAGCCAAGGCAUCAGCCCUUGCUCCACACUGACAAGCAGCACCGCCUCUCCCAGCACUGAUAGCCCCUGCUCAACCUUGAAUAGCUGUGUCAGCAAGACGGCAGCCAACAAAAGUCCCUGCGAGACCAUUAGCAGCCCCAGUUCCACCCUGGAAAGCAAGGACAGUGGAAUUAUAGCCACGAUUACGAGUUCGUCGGAAAACGAUGACCGGAGUGGCUCCAGUUUGGAGUGGAAUAAAGAUGGAAGCCUAAGGGUAGGGGUUCAGAAGGGACUGCUUCAUGAUCGAAGGGCAGACAACUGCUCCCCCGUGGCAGAAGAAGAGACCGCUGGGUCAGUGGAGAGCGAGCUGCCCAAGGCGGAGCCCGCAGCUGGAGAUGGUCCGAUUCCUUAUUCCCAGAGCUCCAGCUCGCUAAUAAUGCCACGGCCCAACUCAGUUGCAGCCACAAGUUCUACCAAAUUGGAAGACCUGAGUUACUUAGAUGGGCAGAGAAAUGCUCCUCUCCGGACGUCCAUUAGAUUGCCCUGGCACAAUACGGCUGGAGCCCGGUUUGCCCCCUACAAGCCGCAGGACAUCUUGUUGAAGCCCUUGCUGUUUGAGGUGCCGAGCAUCACCACCGACUCUGUGUUUGUGGGAAGGGACUGGCUCUUUCACCAGAUAGAAGAAAGUCUGAGGAACACAGAUCUGGCAGAAAACAGAGGCGCUGUGGUCGUGGGGAAUGUGGGAUUUGGAAAGACAGCCAUCAUUUCCAAGUUGGUGGCUCUCAGCUGUCAUGGAAGCCGCAUGAGGCAGAUUGCAUCCAGCAGCCCCAGCUCAUCACCUAAAACAUCAGAUCCCACCCAGGACCUUCCUUUCACUCCGUUACUUUCACCAAGUUCUUCAACAAGUGCUCUCAGUGUGGCCAAAACGCCGGCUGGGCCCGGCACUGCUGAAAACCAGAGACCGAGAGAGGACGCAGUGAAAUACCUCGCUUCUAAGGUGGUGGCCUACCAUUAUUGCCAGGCCGACAACACUUACACCUGCCUGGUGCCCGAGUUUGUCCACAGCAUCGCUGCGUUGCUCUGCCGGUCCCACCAGCUGGCUGCCUACAGAGACCUUCUGAUCAAGGAGCCUCAGCUGCAAAGCAUGCUGAGCCUCCGCUCCUGCGUGCAGGACCCCGUGGCCGCUUUCAAGAGGGGUGUGCUGGAGCCGCUCACAAGCCUAAGACACGAGCAGAAAAUUCCAGAAGAGGAGUACAUCAUUUUGAUAGAUGGCUUGAACGAAGCUGAGUUUCAUAAGCCUGAUUACGGAGAUACGCUGUCUUCGUUUAUUACGAAAAUUAUUCCCAAAUUCCCCACCUGGCUGAAGCUGAUCGUGACUGUGAGAGCAAAUUUUCAGGAAAUCAUCAGCGCGCUGCCGUUUGUCAAGCUUUCCUUAGACGACUUUCCAGACAACAAAGACAUUCACAGCGACCUGCACGCCUAUGUCCAGCACAGGGUCCACAGCAGCCAGGACAUCCUCAGCAACAUCUCCCUGAAUGGCAAGGCCGACGCCGCCCUUAUCGGCAAAGUCAGCAGCCAUCUGGUGCUGCGGAGCCUCGGGUCCUACUUGUACCUCAAGCUCACGCUGGACCUCUUCCAGCGGGGACACCUGGUCAUAAAGAGUGCCAGCUACAAGGUGGUGCCCGUGUCUCUGUCUGAGCUCUAUUUGCUGCAGUGCAACAUGAAGUUCAUGACCCAGUCUGCCUUCGACAGAGCCCUUCCCAUUUUAAACGUGGCCCUCGCGUCCCUCCACCCCAUGACGGAUGAGCAGAUCUUUCAGGCUAUCAACGCCGGCCACAUCCAGGGCGAGCAGGGCUGGGAGGACUUUCAGCAAAGGAUGGAGGCCCUCUCCUGCUUCCUCAUCAAGAGGAGAGACAAGACGCGGAUGUUCUGCCACCCGUCCUUCAGGGAGUGGCUGGUGUGGAGAGCCGACGGGGAAAGCACGGCCUUCCUGUGUGAGCCCAGGAACGGACACGCUCUACUGGCGUUCAUGUUCUCUCGGCAGGAGAGCAAGCUGAACCGCCAGCAGACCAUGGAGCUCGGCCACCACAUCCUGAAGGCACACAUUUUCAAGGGCCUCAGUAAGAAGACUGGAGUCUCCUCGAGCCAUCUGCAGGCCUUGUGGAUCGGUUACAGCACAGAGGGGCUGUCUGCUGCCCUGGCCUCGCUCAGGAACCUCUAUACUCCCAAUGUGAAGGUGAGCCGGCUCCUGAUUUUGGGAGGUGCCAACGUGAACUACAGGACGGAAGUGUUAAAUAACGCCCCCAUCCUGUGCGUCCAGUCUCACCUUGGCCAUGAGGAGGUUGUGACCCUGCUUCUGGAAUUUGGCGCCUGCCUGGAUGGGAUGUCCGAGAAUGGUAUGAACGCGCUCUGCUACGCAGCUGCCGCGGGCCACAUGAAGCUGGUGUGUCUGCUGAUCAAGAAGGGGGCAAGGGUAGACCACUUGGAUAAGAAGGGUCAGUGUGCACUCGUUCACAGCGCGCUACGGGGCCACAGUGACAUUCUCCAGUACCUCCUGAAUUGUGAGUGGUCAGCGGGUCCUCCCCAGCCUGGCACGCUAAGGAAGAGCCAAGCCCUGCAGCAGGCACUGACGGCAGCCGCCAGCAUGGGCCACAGCUCGGUAGUCCAGUGUUUGCUGGGAAUGGCAGAAGAACAUGAUAUCGAAGUCAAUGGCACCGACACAUUGUGGGGAGAAACAGCCCUGACUGCUGCUGCCGGGAGAGGAAAGCUGGAGGCCUGCGAGCUGCUGCUUGAGCAUGGAGCUGCUGUGUCUCGGACUAACAGGAGAGGGGUACCCCCUCUGUUCUGUGCAGCCCGCCAGGGGCAUUGGCAGAUUGUCAGAUUGCUGUUGGAACAUGGCUGCGAAGUGAACCUGAGUGACAAGCAGGGACGCACACCUCUCAUGGUGGCUGCCUGUGAAGGACACCUGAGCACCGUGGAGUUCCUUCUUUCAAAGGGUGCUGCUCUUUCUUCCCUGGACAAAGAGGGUCUGUCUGCGUUGAGCUGGGCGUGUCUGAAGGGUCACAGGGCCGUGGUCCAGUACCUGGUCGAAGAAGGAGCAGAGAUAGAUCAGACAGACAAAAACGGCCGCACACCCUUGGACCUGGCUGCCUUCUAUGGUGAUGCGGAGACGGUGCUGUAUCUGGUGGAGAAGGGAGCUGUGAUUGAGCAUGUGGACCACAGCGGGAUGCGCCCCCUGGACAGAGCCAUCGGUUGUCGGAACACCGCUGUGGUGGUUACCCUGCUUAGAAAAGGAGCCAAACUAGGUCGACAGUUCCUGGCAGCUCUGGCUGACUUGCAGGAGGCUGUGAAACUCUGUCCCACCAACCAGGAGAUCAAGAGGCUUUUGGCCCGGGUGGAAGAGGAGUGCAAGCAGCUCCAGAGGAACCAGCAGCAAAAACAGCAGGGUCCCCUGCCAGCCCCCUCCAAUGACUCGGACAAUGAAGGUGACGCACCAGCCUCUAGUUUAAAGGACCCCUUCCCCAUCGAGGAGGCGGAAGAGGAAGAAUCCUCGUCACCGGAAGAAUCCAUUUCCCCAACUCCCAGAUCCCAGCCCGCGUCAUCUGUCCCUUCCCCAUAUAUCCGAAACCUUCAAGAGGGAUUACAGUCCAAAGGCAGGCCAGUGUCACCACAGAGCCGGGCAGGAACCAGCAAGUCCCUGAGAGAGACUGUAGCCCAGCCAGGCUUGGUUAUGCAGCCUACCAAACAGGCACAGAUAGUGAAGACCAACCAACAUCUGGGUUCUGGGCAGUCUAGCAUGAGAAACAGUAGCGCAAAACGACAGGCGUCUUCCCAGAACCCUCCUCCAAGUCCGAUGCCUGGUAGAAUAUCUGUAGCCCCUGCCGCCAGCAGAAACCAGCAUUUAGAGGGACCAAGUCCCUUCCCUGCAGGAACUGGGUGUGGCCACUUUGGGGAUCGACUGGGCCCCAGCCAGAAUCUCCAGCUGCAGCGCAGCGAGAGCGGCGCCGCUUAUCCUCUACCAAGCAAAGUCAAAGCCGCCGAGCGGCUCCUGGCUCACGCCUCCAUGACCGUGGACGUGGCUCCUCCAAGCCAGGGCGGGCCAAUGAGUGGCAGCGAUGCGCGGCACCCGGCUUCCCUCACUAGCUCGGGCUCUUCUGGCUCCCCAUCCAGCAGCAUAAAGAUUUCAAGUUCAACCAGUAGUUUGACCUCCAGCAGUAGUUUCUCAGACGGGUUCAAGGUCCAAGGACCAGACUCGCGAAUCAAAGACAAAGGUACCAGCCAGGCGCAGGGCGGCACCACUGAACACAGGCCCCGCAAUACCCCGUUCAUGGGCAUCAUGGACAAGACUGCCAGGUUUCAUCAGCAGAGCAAUCCUCCCAGUCGCUCCUGGCACUCCCAGGUGCCAGAGGGGCUACUGACAAACACAGCCACUGCAGCUGGCCUGCAGUCUAGCUCCGAGAAGCCCGCUCUCAAGCCAGGCGGGUAUUGUAGCCAAGCCAAACCCUGUUCGGUUUCCCCGCUGAGCACAAGCGUCCACAACGGGGCACAGGUGAAGGAGCUGGAGGAGAGCAAGUGCCAAAUUCCAGCCCUCUGUCAAGACAGCAGAAAAACUAAGGGUGUCCCUUAUCUAUAUCAGGAAAACAUCUCGAAGCAGCCUCCGCCGCCGCCCCAUGUCAGUACGGAAGCCCACAGGAGCCACCUCACUUCUGCGAAACCAAAGCGAUCAUUCAUAGAAUCAAAUGUGUGAGCCUUAAGCAACCUCUGUGUAGUAUUCGGAGUGCAGUCUGUUGGCUCGUGGUAGCAAAUAAUGUCUUUUUUUUUUCAUAAUAAAAAUUACAUUUUAGCCAUAUUUUCCACCUCUUGGGUGGAUCUGAUGCCAUUGACAUAUUAAAAAAUGUAGAAUAAAACUAUAGCAAGUAGCUAGAAAUCACCUGCAAAUACAAUACUAAACAGAAUUGAAAACUACAGUCAGCUUCUACCUGUCAAAUUUAAAGGCUGCCAAGAAGACAUCAACUAAUGCUGUUCUCUUAGGAGAUGAUUUGGUUUGCUAUGCAUAAAAGCACAUCUACUUAGAGAAGAAGAAAAAAAAUCCAUUGGUAAAAGAUUGUAAUUCCUGAUGUACUAUCUGGAAGUGUAUCCUGGAGAAGACUGGGGAAUGUUUAAGUUCCAGGCCCCUUAGUCACCCCAGUGCUUACGUACGUAUAAAAACUGCAACCCGUGUGGCUUCUGGCUGGAUAGAAUGGUGACUGUAAACAGCAGGGGUUUGUCUGUCCGGGAAAUAUGAGCACACCCAGGUGUCGUUCCCGUCAUUUUGUUACUCAGAAGGGAUCAAAUGCGUAUUUCCAUGUUGCGGUCUUUUUGCAGAGUAUUUUUGUAGCCCCCUUUUAGGAACUAUGCUCACGCCGCACGGUGUCACCGAUAGAAGGGAAAAGGCUGUCUAGAACUUCGGUGAGCGGGUCGGAUACUUUGUGCAAAAGUACGAAGGCAAGCUCUCUUGGUAGUGCCUACAAACCAGCUCUAGCUGGUUCUCGUCUGGACAGUGACGAGCGUCCCUGCAUCGAGCCUCUGGUGUCCUCUGAGGACAGUGUUUAAACAGGAUCCUUGAGGUCUGGCUGUUUUGCUUUCAUUACUCAGUUUAUUAUCUCGUGGUCACAUGUUGUAUAUAUAAAUAGCUAGCCCAGUUUUAUCCUGACUUGUAAAUAUGACUCAAAAGAAGUUAAUCUACAGACAAACAGCAAAACCCCGCCAUCUAUCUGCAUGUUCUCUGUGAGCUUCCUCCAUGCUGGGGGUCGCACUGGACGACGCGAUCUCAUGGCAUGUUAACCGUAUACCUGUAACGGCACUUUAACUCAUCGUCUGAGCACCUUGGAGGUGCUAACGUCCACGCUGGUGUAGUGUUCAUCUGUAAAGACAGGUACAGGGAUGAGCCUUGUUUUAAGGUAUUUUUAUAUGAAAAUGGUGUUACUGGAGGAUGUCCAAAUGCUGGUUUGAGAGAGGUAGGGGAAGUAUUUUAUACAUUGAGAUGUGAAAUGUAUUUUCUAGAACUGGGGAGAAGGAAGUUCUAUAUUUGCAGAAUGUUUUAAAAAUGAGUAGCCCUGAUGUUUUCCUGUGAGCAUCACUAAGAUUUUGUACAAGUAAGGGACCUUGCGGUGUCAUUUGGCAUUUGUUCCUGUGUGCGUAGCGUGCUGUGUACAAAGAGCUAGGCCGUUUGUACGAGCUUCCUCUGAGUUCUGCUCUAAUUACUCUGGCUAUUUAUUGUUUUCUUUAAUAUUUGUGAACGUCUUUCCUUUUGUUAUGUAGUUUCGUUUCUGCACAACUACUGUACUUUUCCAUAUGGAAUAAAAACCAUUACUACA